CUUCUCUUCCUGUUCUCGAGUGAGGUGGACGUAUUGUGACAUUACGUUUAGUUUUAGUAAUAAUUUAACUUAUUAUACAUAAAUAAACAAAACGAACAAUCCGUCAUGGCCGAAACGCAGUUGAUGGAAAACGGCGAGGACUUUUCGAAAGACGUGUCGGCGGAAUUUCAAAAUAACGAAGUGAUUAACGGACAGAACGGGGCGGGCGACGCGCCGCCCGACAGCGGCAGCGCCGACACCCCCGGACGCGACGACGAUAGAAAGUUGUUUGUUGGUGGUUUAAGUUGGGAAACUACAGAUAAGGAAUUACGAGAACAUUUUAGUCAAUAUGGUGAAAUCGAAAGUAUAAAUGUAAAGACUGAUCCGAACACUGGUAGAUCCAGAGGAUUUGCCUUCAUUGUCUUCAACAACGCCGAAGCCAUCGACAAAGUUGUCGCCGCCGGCGAGCACAGCAUCAACAACAAGAAAGUCGAUCCGAAAAAGGCGAAAGCCAGGCACGGUAAAAUAUUCGUCGGUGGACUGACGGCCGAUUUGACAGACGAAGACAUCAAAGAUUACUUUGGAAAACAUGGAACCAUCAUUGAAGUCGAAAUGCCAUUUGACAAAACAAAGAACCAGAGGAAGGGAUUCUGUUUUAUUACCUUUGAAUCUGAACAAGUUGUGAACGAACUUCUCAAGAAACCAAAGCAGACAAUUAAAGAUAAAGAGGUUGACGUAAAAAAAGCGACCCCCAAGCCGGACCAGAUGGGCGGCAUGGGCCGCGGCGGCCGCAUGAUGGGUCGCGGCGGCGCCCGCGGCCGCGGCAGGGGCGGCUACGGCGGCCAGAACUGGAACCAGGGCUACGGCGCGUACGGCGGCUACGGCCAGGGCUACGGUAGCGGCUACGACGGCUACGGCGGCGGUUACGACUACUACGGCGGCGGUUAUGGCGGUUACGGCGGAUACGAUUACUCGAACUACGGCAACUAUGACGGAUAUGGUUACAAUGAAGGAGGAUAUGGUGGUGGACGCAAUAAUGCUCGCGGAAAAGGUGGAUCCGGCGGUUACCAAGGGGGUAAACAGAGGGGAGGUGGCGGCGGCGGCAACGCCAAUCGCAACAACAGGCAUCAACCCUAUUAAUUUAGUUUGUGAUUUAUUGUUCUGAUGUUUCUAUCUCAUCAUUAUUGAAAGGAUUUUUUCCAGUCAUUCCAUAAAUUCAUCAUGCCGGCAUUAUUUGGAAAAUAUCACUAACACACGUACAAAAGUUUUUAUGUGAAACAUAAAGAGUUCUUUUUAUUUUUUGAUAUUAAAGAAUUUGUAGAGUAAUUAAAUAGAAUCGCUUGUCUUCCUUGGACAGGAAACAAGGGUAGCAAUUUAUAUACCUUUCUGUAUUAUGUUUUUAUGAUUUUAUUUUAUUUAAAAAAAAGAAUAGUUUAAUGUAAUCGUAGUUCUAAGUUUAUGUAUUUUGUAUGAGUGAUGGAGGCUUUGUGUACUUCCAAUGAAUGACAAAACUUUAAUAAAAUGAAGACUUUGUGUAUAUAGA